AUGACCCCGGCUGCUCUGUCAAUCAUCAAGCUUCUCGGAGUCUCGCUCAUCAACCUGCCUCUGUCGUACGCUGCUCCGCUGUUUUCGAAAUCCGACUCGCCCAUCUACAGACGCGAAGAGCCCGAGCCCAAGUCGCCCGAGGAUCCUCAGCUAUGGGUCUAUCUGGGUGUCGCCAUUGCCCUUGUGCUCUUGGGUGGAGUCUUUGCCGGUCUGACGAUUGCCCUCAUGGGCCAGGACGAAAUCUACCUGCAGGUUAUCGCUACCUCUGGCGAGGGAAGUGAGAAGAAGAGUGCUGCCAGAGUCUUGCGCCUCUUGAAGAAGGGCAAGCAUUGGGUCCUCGUCACACUGCUGCUCAGCAACGUCAUCACCAACGAAACUCUGCCCAUUGUGCUGGAUCGCUCGCUGGGAGGUGGCUGGCCUGCUGUGCUGAGCAGUACCGUCCUGAUUGUCAUCUUCGGCGAGGUCGUGCCUCAAUCCAUCUGUGUCCGCUUCGGUCUUCCCAUCGGCGCUGCCAUGUCACCUCUUGUUCUCGGUCUCAUGUGGAUCAUGGCUCCAGUGGCCUGGCCCACUGCCAAACUCCUGGACUGGCUGCUGGGCGAGGACCACGGAACCGUUUACAAAAAGGCAGGCCUCAAGACGCUCGUCACUCUUCACAAGACCCUGGGCACCACGUCCGACCGCCUCAACGAAGACGAAGUUACCAUCAUCAGUGCCGUUCUCGACCUCAAGGACAAGCCCGUCGGCGACAUCAUGACCCCCAUGGGUGAUGUCUUCACCAUGUCGGCUGACACGGUGCUAGACGAGAAGAUGAUGGACACAAUUUUGUCUCAAGGCUACUCCAGAAUCCCCAUCUACGCACCCGACAACACCCGUAACUUCAUCGGCAUGCUGCUCGUCAAGAUUCUCAUCACAUAUGACCCUGAAGAUAGCCUGCGCGUUCGCGACUUUGCUCUUGCUACACUUCCCGAGACCAAGCCCGAGACCAGCUGUUUGGAUAUUGUCAACUUCUUCCAAGAGGGCAAGUCCCAUAUGGUUCUUGUCUCAGACUUCCCCGGCCAGGACAAAGGUGCCCUCGGUGUCGUCACUCUGGAAGACGUUAUCGAAGAGCUUAUCGGAGAGGAAAUCAUUGAUGAGUCUGAUGUCUUUGUCGAUGUGCACAAGGCGAUAAGACGCAUCGCACCGGCUCCCCGCACUAGAUAUACCAAGGGCAACACCGUUGUAGAUACCCCUGCCACCGACGACGAUACCGACGUCGACGAGCGUACACAUCUGCUUGGGCCCUCAACUAGCCAGAGCCGCAAAUCUUCGCUGACUGGCUCCCGCGAGGCUACUCUUCUCUUGCGCAGACGUAGUAGUACGAGCAGCGACAAGAACCGUCCAUUGCCCCUCCGAUCCAACACCGCCGACCUACGCCAACACCUGAAACAUCUCGGUCCAAGCAACGUUGCAAGUCGUCCAAAGGCCACCAAGUACACUUCUGUGAAGAUCAAGCCUGGAGUUGGAACCAUCCCUGAAAACCGUGUGCCCCCUUCUGUCUCGACACAGGAUGUCGAGUCUAGCCAAGCAGUCACUCCUCAGACAGUCGUUAACGGCGGCUCGUCCAGGCCUGAAGGUGGCAUUGGUGCCGGCCUCAUUGGCUCGGCUGCUCUUGAAGCUCAAGACGGAGCACACGCUGUCGCCCAAGUCGCCCAUGGAUAUGGUUCAAUCUCUCCUGGCUCCAGGGACCCUUCUAUUCACGAAGAAUCCGAGGUGCAGGCUGAGCAUGACAUGUCUUCAUCCAAGCCUAUGACUGCCAAAGAGGCAUCUGCCUUUGCUGAUAAUCACACCGCAGCAAAGCUCGAAGCUAAAGAGAACAACGCACGCGAUCAGAAGCAGCAAAGCGAGCAGCAAAAUGACCAGCAAGGCGAGCAGCGAAACGGCACUCACGAAUCCGGCAGCAUCACCGAGAACAUCGUCGAUAUGAACGGCAUGAAGAAGGUGGUUCUGGAGGCCAACAGCUCAUCCGAUGGAGAUGACCAGAAAGGCGCUGACGCGAAUGACGGCGCGAACGACAAGAACGGCCAUGAUGAUGAUCAAGAUGACGCUGGCAACGAUGAUGCAGGUCACGACGAUUCAAAGGGAACCAAGAAAAAGAAGAAGAAGAAGCGAGGAGGCAAGAAGUUCCGCAACAAGGGCGACUCUGUCAAGAGUCGUAGCGGCGACAGCACUCCUUUGUUGAGUCAAGGUGAUCGUUAA